AAUUCAGCCUAUCUUUCAUAUUUCGUGAUCACAACUUGGAUUAGUUUGAACUCCGAUCACCUCCCCGGAACCCUAAUUACAAAACCCCUGCUGCUACUCUGUCUGUUUGGAGUAGGAAGAUGGCGGUUCCGCUGGUCAAAUUCCCACUAUUCUUAUGCGUCCGGGUUCUAGGUAUAUUUGUGGCUGUUUUGGUUCUUAUAUGGAAUAUUCGAUACAGAGGAGGAUUGGCUCUCAUCUCGGAGGACAAAAGUCUCAUCUUCAAUGUUCAUCCUGUUCUGAUGGUAAUUGGCCUUGUUCUGCUGAAUGGGGAAGCCAUGCUGGCAUACAAGACGGUAUCAGGAACAAAAAGUUACAAAAAACUAGUCCAUCUCACGCUCCAGUUCCUGGCAUUUUUCUUGGGAAUAGUUGGUUUAUGGGCAGCUUGGAAGUUCCACAAUGACAAAGGCAUCGAGAAUUUUUACAGCCUGCACUCAUGGUUGGGCCUGGCUUGCUUAUUCUUAUUCACCAUUCAGUGGGGAGCUGGGUUUGCGACAUUCUGGUAUCCAGGUGGUUCAAGAAACAGCAGGGCUUCACUGCUGCCAUGGCAUGUCUUCUUUGGAGUCUACAUUUAUGUGCUUGCCAUUGCUGCUUGUGCUACUGGUAUUUUAGAAAAAGCUACAUUUCUUCAAACCAACAACAUAAUUUCGCGCUACUCUGCAGAAGCAAUGUUGGUUAAUAUUUUGGGUAUCUUGAUUGUUCUAUUGGGUGGUUUUGUUAUUCUUGGCAUUAUAUCACCGCCAAGCGGAAAAGGCGAUGUUCUCCGAGGAUCGAUAGAGUAAGCAGGAGUUGUAUUUGAUCCAUUUUUCAAAGUUACGAGUGAGAGGCAAAGUUAGUGAUGUAACAGUAACAGUAACAGUAACAGUGGUGAGUCUUUCUCUUGUUUGUUUGACUGUCAGGCUCAUCAAAGAGGCAUUGAUAUUUAAUACACAUUUGUUGUGUUGUGUCUCCAAGAAAAAUCAAAUUGUUGGUCAUCUUGAGGUA